AUGGAGCACGGAGUCAUUGACACCAAAUUGAGCUCUGAGGCCCGUUACGAAGACGUGGAGCUGGCGCCCAAAGAUGCCUUCGGCGAUUCUUCUCCUGCUGCCACGUCCUCUGAUGAACUCCCUGGGAUCGUCGAGAAGAAGGUCCUCCGCAAACAAGAUUUUACCAUUGUUCCCCUGCUAGCAGGGUGUACCUUUUUUGUAUUCUUGGACCGGGCAGCUCUCGGCAAUGCCAGGUUGAUGAAUUUCCAGAAGGACUUACAUCUCAGUAACCAAGAGUUCUUCAACUGUCUGAUGAUCAUCUACGUGGGUUAUAUGAGCUUCGAACUGCCCGCCACGCUCAGCAUCCGCGUGUUCCGUCCGAAUUGGGUUUACGGAGGAGCCGUUGUCUUCUUCGGUCUUUGCGCCCUGUUGACGAGCGAAGCUAGGAGCUAUGCUUCCGUGAUGGUGCUCCGCCUCCUUCUUGGAUUUGGGGAGUCAGUCAUUCAAACCGGCUUCGUCUACCUCUCUUUGUGGUAUACGAACAAGGAGCUCACCACCCGGUGCGCAUUCUGGUUCGGCACGACACCCUUGGCCGGCAUGUUUUCUGGUCUCAUUGCGUACGGAACCCAGAGAAAUCUGGAGGGCAAGCUCGGAAAAUACUCAUGGGAAUGGUACUAUAUCAUUGAAGGUUGCCUGACCAUCUUUUGGGGCCUCUUGGUUGUCGCCCUCCUACCAAAAGUGCCUGAACUUGUGGGCAAACGUGGAAGUUGGCUCUUCCGUUCCGAAGCCGAGCGAUCAAUGGUGAUGCAACGGACUAUACGGGCCAACAAUGUACCUGAUGCAAAGCCUCGUCUUGACCAGAUCUGGAAAAGUCUCAAAGACCCCAAGACAUGGCUGGGAGGUCUGGCUAUUGGAGCGGCGGCCUUGAACAUUGCAGCCUUUAGUUCUUUCUUGCCAACCAUUGUCCACCAGUUUGGCUUUACGCCUCUCCACACACAGCUGAUGUCUAUGAUCCCGUAUGCAUGUGCCGUCGUCAGCCUACCAACUGUAUCGAUCUUGUCGGACAGGUGGCAGAAGAGGAUGCUCCCCAUGAUGUGCUGUUUCAGUCUUAUCAUUGUGGGUUUCAUCAUAGUCCUCACCACCACCCGUCGGGACGCUGGCAUGGUGGGCUGUAGCUUGAUUGCCGCUGCCAGCUACCCAUGCCUCGUCAUGGGAGGCAGCUGGCAAAUGUCCAGCCAUGGUGGCUUCUCCAAACGUUCCACCGCCUGGGCCAUCAGUCAGCUCUUCAUUCAGACCUGGAGCAUCGUCGCCACACAGAUCUACACACAGCCGCCGCACUUUUACAAGGGCCAUGGAACUCUGCUUGGCCUGAACGCGGUAGGCAUGCUGGCAACCUUCACAAAAUACUGGAUAAUGAAGAAGUCCAAUGCCAAGAAAGACCAGGUCGCGCGAGAUUUUGCGGCAAGAGGUCAGCAGAACCCGGACGGUGACAAGACCUACGAGGAGUUGUGCGAUGAUCAUCCGAAUUUCAGAUACGUUCUCUGA